AUGGAGCGAUUGGUAGAAAAGCUACAAGCACCUCGGAGAUCUGUUCAAGCAAGGGAGGAAGCCAAUAAACACGCCUCAGUAUGCUCAGACUCGGCGUGUUCAUCAUCUGCCGCUGAACCAGCCCAGCCCUCCUCCACUGAGGUAGUACCAUGUCCGCUUCCACUAGCCUCGGGCUCGCCCAGUUCAGUAAACUCAUAUUAUCCGGGAGCAUCCGAGGGUGCCGUUGGUGCUGCGGGUCAGCACAUAAUUCUUUUUUCGACUUCUGCUUCAAUUCGUAUCCUACUAAUACCACGUGCAGGAUCAUCCUCGUUGUUCUCAGCGGAAGGAAUCGCCAAAAUUGAUGCUCUGAUAGGCGACACACGUUACUCAGAAGCAGUGCGUAUUCUUUUAGACCAGGUUGCAAGUGUCGCGCCUACUAAAAGCCUCGGGUGUACCUCUGCAAAGAGUUACCCAUUUCCUCCGAACGAUAUUAUCAUAUCUUGCAUCAACCAAUUUUUUAGAGUGUUUAAUUUCGGAAUCAGAUUGUUCGAAGAGGCCAAAGUACGAGCAGCAGUUCAGGCAUAUAUGCUUGGACAGCCUUGCGACGAGGCGGGAUGGCAGAUGGCAUUGAAUGUCAUUCUUGCACAUGAACUUCGUCAACGAGAGUGGAACACGGACAAUCAACAGCACACAUACUAUCUAAACAAUGCCCUCGCUAUGGUACCUAACAUUAUUCUGCAGCCACCCAAUCCUAUGGCGAUAGGUUCGCUUCUCUCGCUGGUUUACUAUUUUAUGUUUACGGCUAAGAACCAUGUCGCUAUAUCCCUCCUUGCCCUGGCAACCCAACUUAUUCUCUUGGCUGGUUAUCAUAAUCUCAGUUGCCCGACAGAUGGACAGGGGGAGCUCGCAGACGUGCUUCAUCGUCGUCGUAUAUUCUGGCACGCCUACGUGCUAGAUCAUGAUCUUAUGUUGCGCAUCGGAAAGCCGCCUCUCAUCAAUGAUGUUUUCCUUCAAGAGCUUCCGGACGAAUUGCCAGCGGACGGAUACGCGGUAUACUACUAUCCUGGAAACGUCAAACUGAGCUAUUUCCACCAGCAGGUGCGCCUAUCUCACAUACGGGGACGCAUCUAUGACAAGCUGUACCUUCAAAGCAGGGAGAAAAUGACCGGUGUCACUCUUGAGAACACAAUGGCACAACUGGACGCAGAACUAUACUGUUGGUGGCAGGAUAUCCCAGAAAUGACACGCCCAAAUCCGGACGAGAAUCUGUCAGAUGUCGAUGAAGCUAGAUUCAUGAGUCUGAGUGUGUUAAACUUUAUGUACUUCCAGUCAAUUGUUGCCGUUCACUCGGCAGCUUUCAGGCUGCCGCUUCUUGGAAACGACAAGGACGUGAGUCCUAGUAUUGCCUUGUGCGUCAAUGCAGCACGGGCCGGGAUUUCUUUACUGAGAUAUCAACGCCCACGACACCCCUUCACCAUUUAUUUUCUGUAUCAGGUCGCCUGGACCGUUGACAUUCUCUUCGUCAACAUCAUUGAGAAUAGGACUUCAGUAACAGCGAUCGACGACCUCGAGCUUAUCGAGAUGGUUGUCAGGUUUUUCGAGAGUCAUGAUCCAAGUCACAAGAAUGUGGCUUCUUACCACAUCAUCUUGACUUUGUAUGAGGUGGCGUCAUCCGUGGUUCUGCAGACCACGUCGAAACCACUCGGUCAACGUCUUCCUACUACUGCAACAACGGUUUCAAGUUCACUAUACACUAAUACGGUAGACAAUGGCAACUUAGCAAUGGAGUCUGUACUGCCUCCUUCCCUACUUCCUCCAGAAGACCCUACACAGGGAAGGGGGAACAUCUCCAUUGCUCCCCACGACUGGUUCUCUACGGGCUUCUUGCAGAUGACCGACUGGGAAUUCCCGGCCAGUCUCUAG